AGCUCGGCUAGCCGGGCUGGUCGACUGCCGCGGCGGUUCCGCUCGGACCCCGGCCCAGCGUCUGGCCUCGCGAUGGAAGCUGUCGUGCCGGCGCUGAGCAAGUCAGCAUCCUUGAAGGACCGACAUCCCUGAAUUCCGAGAAAAGCCCUACACACUCUUUGCUUCGCUUUGGGGGGGGGGGUCACUGCUGCGUGUCGGGUCCUCCCUCAGCCCUGUAGUGGCAGCCUAGUUCAACAAAGAAACAGGACAAUGAUACUGACAUUUGUGCUGGGCAGUGGCCCUUGGAGAGGGCCUUCACUCCGGCCCCUCUUGGGGUCCUCACUGUCACUCAGGACUCGCUCAACAUCAGCCACCGAUACACACCAUGUAGAACUGGCCAGGGAACGCUCCAAGACUGUCACCUCCUUUUACAACCAGUCAGCCAUUGACGUGGCAGCAGAGAAGCCCUCAGUCCGCCUCACUCCCACCAUGAUGCUCUAUUCUGGCCGCUCGCAGGACGGCAGCCACCUUCUGAAAAGUGGCCGCUACUUGCAGCAAGAGUUACCAGUGAGGAUUGCUCACCGCAUCAAGGGCUUCCGCAGCCUUCCUUUCAUCAUUGGUUGCAAUCCCACCAUACUGCACGUGCAUGAGCUAUAUAUCCGGGCCUUCCAGAAGCUGACAGACUUCCCUCCGAUCAAGGACCAGGCAGAUGAGGCCCGGUACUGCCAGCUGGUACGGCAGCUGCUAGAUGACCACAAGGACGUGGUCACCCUGUUAGCCGAGGGGCUUCGUGAGAGCCGGAAACACAUAGAGGAUGAAAAGCUGGUUCGGUACUUCCUGGACAAGACUCUGACUUCGAGACUUGGGAUCCGCAUGCUGGCUACCCAUCACCUGGCGCUGCAUGAAGACAAGCCUGAUUUUGUUGGCAUCAUCUGUACUCGUCUGUCACCAAAGAAGAUUAUCGAAAAAUGGGUGGAUUUUGCCAGACGCCUGUGUGAGCACAAGUACGGCAAUGCCCCUCGAGUCCGCAUCAAUGGACAUGUGGCUGCCCGCUUUCCCUUCAUCCCCAUGCCGCUGGAUUAUAUCCUGCCUGAGCUGCUCAAGAAUGCCAUGAGAGCCACAAUGGAGAGUCACCUAGAUACUCCGUACAAUGUUCCUGAUGUGGUCAUCACCAUCGCCAAUAAUGAUAUUGAUCUCAUCAUCAGGAUUUCAGACCGGGGUGGAGGAAUUGCUCACAAAGACCUAGAUCGAGUCAUGGACUACCACUUCACCACAGCCGAGGCCAGCACCCAGGACCCCCGAAUCAGCCCCCUCUUCGGCCACCUGGAUAUGCACAGUGGCGGCCAGUCAGGACCUAUGCAUGGCUUUGGCUUCGGGCUGCCCACGUCCAGGGCCUAUGCGGAAUAUCUCGGUGGCUCCCUGCAGCUGCAGUCUCUGCAGGGCAUUGGCACAGAUGUCUACUUGCGGCUCCGCCACAUUGAUGGCCGGGAGGAAAGCUUCAGAAUCUGACUGCGGAUUUUGGCCUCCUAGCCUGCCACACUCCUAGGACCUUCUGGGCCUGGUGGGGGCCACUAAGUGCCACACAUUGCUGCUCUGUGGAACGUAGGGCCUCAGACAGGUGGACUUACACGGAGCUGGGCACCACUCCUCCUCAGCGGGGCCCGCUGCUUCCUACCUCCAUGUCUUGGGAGGGGAGGAAGCAGGAACCCUGGAGGCCUCUAAUGCCAGCUCUGCUGUUCUCACUCUAGAGGAAUUCUUAUUUGACCUGCUGUUUAUUAAAGUUUGCAUUUUGAAUGCCCUCUUGGGCCCCAAAUGUUGGGAGGGCAGGUGAGCUUUUGUUUCCGACCCUUUUGGGUUCCCUGGGCCCUGGGAAUUAACCCUGUCAUGCCCCCAGCCUCUUGCUAGCCUGGCACCCAGGCAGGAGGAGGACUGGCCCCAAGGCUCCUGCCUAUUUGAUUUGGCAGGAGUGGGGGUGACUUUGGCAGCUUUUGCUCAUUGGACAAAUCUUUCUGGGUCCCAGACGAUAUUAGAGGCCCAAACGGAACUCCUUCCUUCCUGGCAGUCACGGAGUCUAGAGGUGAAGGUCACUAGACUGGACAACCUUUUAAGCCACCUGAUUCCUGAGCUUGAGGUUAAAAAUACUACCUGCCAAGCAUGUCUGCUGUGUCUGCAAAAAGAAAUGCCUAAGGUUAUGCGGAGACCACCUCACCCAGAUCAAGGAUAAGUCCUCUUGGGAGGGCUGAGGACCCGGGCAGAAAGCACACGAGCAGAACCGCGUGGAGUGGAACUUCAAAUGGAAUUUCAGUAGAAGCCAACUUCCUCCCCUUGUUUAGGGCCUGAGAGCUUGCCUGGUGGGACCGCAUAGAAGAAUCAGAUCUUGUAGUUUGCUGGGUUUUUUUUUUCGUUGUUGUUAUUUGGUUUGGUUUUGAGUCAGGGUUUCCUAUAGCCCAAGCUGUAGGAAAGCAGUUGCUAUUAGUCAAGGGUGACCCUGAACCUCUGAUCUUCACCAAGGAAAUAGUCAUCUAAUAUCACACCUAUUUUUAUGCAGUGCUGGGAACAGAACGCAGAGCUUCCUGCAUGCUAGACAAACACUCUUCCAAGUGAGUCACAUCCCCAUGCCCAGACUUUUCUUCUUUGAGACUGCUUCUCUGUAGCUGGCUUCCAACUUGACUUUGAGACCAGGCUGGCCUUGAACUUGCCGCAGUCUCU